CAACACUGCGAAGGAGGCUAAAUUGAGCGGUGGCAAUAUAAAAGGUCUUCCAGUGAAGUUCUUGGUGGAGCAGGAAUUAGAAAUAUCAUCCUCCAAGUGCUGCCAGCUUCUUCCCUGCAAGUUUCAUCCAUGUGGCUCUACCUGGCUGCCCUGCUAGGGCUUUACUUCCUUCGCCGAUGGUACCAGGAGAGACAGACAAUGGAGAAACUGACGGAGAAAUAUGUCUUCAUCACAGGGUGUGACUCUGGCUUUGGGAACCUACUUGCCAGGCAGCUGGAUGCCCGGGGCCUGCGGGUGCUGGCAGCCUGUCUCACGCAGAAGGGGGCAGAGCAGCUGGACAAGGCCACCUCAGAGCGCUUGAAAACCACCGUUCUGGAUGUCACCAGCACAGAGAGAGUGGCGGCAGCGACGGAGUGGGUGAAAGGGUGCAUUGGGAACAAAGGGCUUUGGGGCUUGGUGAACAAUGCCGGCACAUCUCUACCAUCAGGUCCCAACGAAUGGCUGACCAGAGAUGACUUUGCAAAGGUGAUCAAUGUCAACCUUCUUGGGAUGAUUGACGUGACGCUACACAUGCUGCCCCUGGUGAGAAGAGCCAGAGGGAGGGUGGUCAACGUCUCCAGUGUGAGUGGACGCCUGGCCACCUUUGGAGGUGGUUACUGCCCGUCAAAGUUUGGUGUGGAAGCCUUCUCUGACAGCCUGAGGCGAGAGCUCCAUCCUUUUGGAGUCCAAGUCAGCAUUGUUGAACCUGGUGGUUUCCAAACAUCCAUUGUCACACAACCAUUAGAGGGUUCAAAGACAGUAUGGAACCGAGUGCCGUCUGACAUCAAAGAAGCCUAUGGGGAACAGUACUUGGAGAACUUUUGCAAAAUUGUCCAAGAUAUCUUUAACACUUCCAGCAGCAAGCUUCACCUGGUCAGUGACUGUAUAGAACAUGCCCUGACAUCCUGCUACCCUCGCACUCGCUACUCUCCAGGCUGGGACGCAAAGUUCUUCUACAUUCCUGUCUCUUACUUUCCAACAUCCAUUGCUGACUUCAUGAUAAGCGGCUUUCUGCCCAAACCUGCUCAAGCAGUAUAGAUUGCUUUGAAGAAAAACCUUUACAGCUGUCCAAACGAACCAACAAUCUAUGGAUGGAAUAUAAGCCUAACUGCAUCUUUAUCUUUACGUUUUUAUUUUGCUUGUUUAUGCAAAAUAGAAAAUGCAACAAAAAACAAACUUUUGCAAGCACAAUAGAUUGCUUUGAAGAAAAAGCUUUACCGUUAUAUUGUUGAGGGAAAGCCAGUAGAUGGUGUUCCUGUUUUCAAUUAAUCUUAUACUGUAUUUCUAUAUAUGGUGGCUGAGAUAAGGAAUGCAGCUGCAGGCACGGGACUGACCUGGUAAAGUGCCAAGCAUAUUUUGGCCUGAGAAAGAGGGGUGCUGUCCCCGGUUUCUGGAAUGUCUCUGGAAAAAAGUGAUGGAUAGCUGAGCCGUUCCAGAA